CUCGGUAAAUUAUACCGAGUGUUUCACCGACAUUAAGCGAGAUUGAGAGUAACGUUCGAUCCUCGCUUGUGAUACUCUUUUAUCAGCAGAAUGCGUUUCGCAGACAGCUGAUUUCAAGGGGAUGCCUCUCGCGAGCGCCCUCGACACUGGUAAUCAUUUAUUAAUUUAAUCAAUUUAAUCCACUACUGAUUUCGUUAACCCCGUUGCCGAAUGCGCUGCAAAAUUUUUCGAUCCUGGCGACGAUAUUGCGAAAAUACGCGCCAGCGUUUUGAGAGAUUUGGAGAUUGUCGGUGAAAUUACGAGAAGGUCAGUCCGCGUACGCAAUAUACGCAAUCUUACGACACCCGCAUCUUUUCGUAUGCCGGUGACACAAGACAUCCUCUACCGCCGCGAUACGACGAAGUUGAAAGGACGGUUAUCAGUGGCGUAUCUAUCAGCGGCGAUAUGUCGACGGCAAGAGACCGACUAUGGAAUCAAACGGGGAAGUUUUAAUGGGAUAUGCCGCGUGGUAGCACGAAUUUAGCCUCUGUCUCCUAUUCCGCUGCAAAGGCCACUAGUAAAGAGGAAGAUUCUUUCCGAGCGGCCUCUCAGCACGAAUGAAAGGAAUUGAUCGGUGAUUCUAAAGUCCGGGGGCGGAUGUGAGAAAAAUAGUUGUGAGGGACUGCAGAAUGAAAAAUGUUCUCCACGCAGCUGGCGGAAUUGCGAACAGACGUUUGGAAAAUGUAAUCGUGGUGCAAUUUGAUUCUGGCGACAAACCAUAAUCAAAUUUAUCGCUAUCGAAAAACUGUUAUAAUGUUUAUUUAAAUAUAAAAGAAGAAAAGAAACGGCAAAUAUGAGUCAGUGGAAAUUAAUGCGCAAUAAAAUUACAAAUGUAAUAUAUUUAAAAAAAUAAAAAAUAUUUGUUAUAUUUUUAAUCAUCGAUUUUAUUGAAGUCACUUAAUUCCAAACGCGUUCAACAGUUUGACGUACAUACUUUGUAAUUCUAAAAAGUCCUGGGAUAGAAUUGAAAAUCGAUUGAUGUAAUUAAGAUUCGUAUUGAUUGAAAUUCGAAGAAAUCGUUUUUAAUGUACAUUAAAAAACGGAUGGUUUACUUUUACAUGUGUGUUGUUUGACAAAGCGACGCAAGUCGUAAAAUUUUCGAUGAAUCAUCGGAACACUGGCGAAAGAUGAAUCUUUAUCGUUGCAGCACGAGUGUAUAAGUGCAAAACAUCGAUUGCGAGAUGUCUGUAAAAUAUUUAGCCGCCUCUCCGGAAUUCUAUAUAGCGCGGCGUCGUUCUCCGAUGUGAAUUCCAAGCUACUCCGAGAGAUACGAGUGUAAACUCCCGAGAGUUUAUGUGCCCCGCUUAUAAAUAUUUCAUUACGCAAUGUAUAUCGACCAGCGACGCGUUGGAUCCGCAAAUGUUCGAACAGGGACCUGUCUUGGUCCGCAUUUUCACGGAGCACGUACAUGCAGUCACCCCCAUAGUUUCUACAAUGCCCCUCGUAAAUAUUUGAAAAUUAGACAGCAAAAGAAUUUCAUUUUAUCACACUGAAACCAUAUCAUUUCGUAAUUCUUUGCAAUUUUUAUAAUAAAAUUCCCGUUUUAAAAAUGGAACAUGUUGAUUAAAUUAUCGUAUCUCAAUUAUCUCAAUUUGACGUAGCAAUUGAGAACAAUUAAAUCUUUCGAAGGAGUUUCAGGCAGACAAAAACUAAUAAAUGCAUUCAUAGCUUUUAUUUAACCACUGGAAUCUAAUUGUUAUUUGUUCUAAUGUGAAAAUCACGUUUGCUGUUAUUGUGAUUGCAUUUAGCAGUAAUGCAAGGCGAGAAUAUGCAGCCAAACGUUCACCCUUUGAUUUUUUCUCUCUUUCUCUUUCUCCCUGUCUCUUUCUUCCUCACCGAGAACCAACCCCCUCGCGUCCACCCUCGCGAACGAGCAGGCGCGCGACGUUCGCCACGCAGGAAUCAAUAGGGGUUGCGUCGGGGUUCGCGCGGCGUCGAAGCGACGUCGGCGACGACGUAAGCGACAUCUCGUCCCGUAUCGUUUCCUGGGGGUUGUGACGAGCAGCUCUCCUCCAGGCCGUCACGGCCGCCCUCGGGACCGACCCCUGCUCUUUACCUCGCUCAAUCUUGCGAACGUCGUGACGAUGGCCGACAGCGAGUUCGAAGAAUUUCGGCACUACUUCGAGAGGCUGCCCCAACACCUCAAGGCACCGCUCUCCAACUACACGCUCGUACACGAUGUGAUGAUCGAUGACUCGCCGACAUCCUCGCAAGGAAGCGAUGGAGAUGUCGGCAGAUCCUGCGACGUCGUCACCGGCGACUCCGAGGACGAGGAAGUCGUCGUCAUCCACCGGCAUGACAACCAAAGCGGGCACACCACGCCCGAUGAUAGCGAGGAGUUGGAUCAUCAUUGCUCGAUCAUAGCUGACAGCGAUUUUAGCUUGUUCGGUGGACUGAGCAGCAGGGGUCGAUCGGUAGGCGGCGGCGGACCAGGACCAGGUGGGGGUGGUACUACCGUAUCUGGUAACGGUGGCCGGGAUAGUGUCGUCAGCGAUGUCGGCGAUUCGUGUUCCAGUUUGAGCUCCUGGCCUACGCCGGAGCACGUGCCGUCGAAUCGACCCGGAAGUGGCGGCACCGAACGCAGACGUCGAAGACUACCGGAGAUUCCUAAAAGCAAAAAAUCUUUGCCCAUGUGCCAGACGUCCAUACAGACGUCGUCCUCGCUGGCAGACGAGUUGAGUGCCGCCACCGGCUCGACGUCGGCCCGGCCUCAACUUGUCUUAAGAAAAUGUCAUCCCAGACUCCGCCACGAGGACAGUUCGCCCGACAGCGAGAGGAUGGCCACGGACAGCGGUCAUUCUACUGCUCAUUCUCCCGAUAACGGCCCCAAGAGUGUGUCACCCAUACCAUGCAAUACCCUGCAGAACACGGACUCGGUGUCGCCCAGCAGCACUCCAGGAAGCGGAGGCAUACCGUUCACUCAACUGGAACUACUCGAGGCAACGCAUCGGGGCCUGCACAAGUUCAUAUCGCGACAUCAUGACGAAAUUGAUCUUGAAAUCGGAGACCCCAUAUAUGUGCAAAAAGAGGCCGACGAUCUCUGGUGUGAAGGUGUGAAUCUGAGAACAGGGCGACAAGGUAUUUUUCCAUCGGCUUACGCAGUCGACAUGGACUACAGUGACUUCGAUCCUACCGCGCCCAAAGUGAAGAGGGAGAGAUAUCUUCUAGGUUACCUGGGCUCAGUGGAGACCCUGGCGCACAAGGGUACAGGAGUGGUUUGUCAAGCGGUGAGGAGGAUCCUUCGCAACUCCUCGCAGGAUCCACCCUCGCAGAGCUGCAUCUUGGAGGUAUCCGAUCAGGGUCUUCGAAUGGUCGACAGAAGUAAACCGCGAAAAAGUCAAGGUCCUUGUCACGAUUAUUUCUACUCGCUGAAGAAUGUAUCAUUCUGUGCAUUUCAUCCUCGCGAUCAUCGCUACCUCGGCUUCAUCACAAAGCAUCCCACUCUGCAGAGGUUCGCUUGCCACGUGUUCAUUGGUCAGGAAUCCACAAGACCCGUCGCCGAAGCUGUCGGACGCGCUUUUCAUCGGUUCUACACGAAAUUCAUCGAGACUGCUUUCCCGAUAGAGGACAUCUACAUUGAAUAAAUUGCUCUCAGUCUGACAGUCUUACAGUGGCUGCGGAGAAAAUGAUAAAUCUCACUUCCCUCCCUUAUAUCCCCUGUAUAUAUCGCCCGCUAGUUGUAGAUAUAUAAUAAUAAACGCGAAUCAAACACCC